GUCUAACUGUUCAGUACUUAUUCAGCCGCCAUGACACCCUUAACACGAACGAUGACUGACAAACUUCUACAAGAUUACAACAGUGUUUUACUUAAAAUUUCAUUUAAAUUAGAUGAGGAACAUCAAAAGAAGCUUCUACAUUACUGCAGUGGACUUAUUUCGAAACAGGUUACUGAUACAAUUGAUAUAUUACGUUCUUUGGAGUACCAGCGAAAGAUUUCGUGGGAAGAUGUAAAUUUUGUGAAAGAAGCUAUGCGUAAAAUUAAUAGAUUCGAUAUUGUUAAAGAGUUGACCGAGUAUGAAAUCAAGCGGGAUUUGACACUUCUUCUGGAUUUCUAUGCGAGGAAGAUUCUAAACUUGGAUUUACAUUGCUGUUCUGUAUCUGUGAAAAGAAUAGUUGGACAUUUAGUAAGACUUAUGGAGGUCGCAAGAGACAAAGUUGACAUCACAUCGAUAAGCUUAACAGUAGAAUGUUGUAAAGACAUGAGGAAAGCGUUAGUGGAUUUUGAAGAUGAGAUUGACUGUGGUGAACUAACUUUUUCCUGGAAUGAAUUUACUAUGCUCGUUGUUAUCGCCGGAGAAAUCAUAGCCGUCGCUUACAAGAACGAAGAACUACAAGAACCAGUGAUGGACUUGUGUUCGACCGCGGCUGAUGAGCUCUGCUCUCGGAUGACUGAACUAGGAAGUUGGUGGCGCAAGUCAACUGUAGUAUGUCAAGUUUUGAUGCAGUUUCAGUUACAGAACGUUAACUGAGAAGAAUAAACACAAAUGAGAGCUCUGAGAGAAGUGACGCAUUACCUGAGUUACCUGCAUAUGUCGUGUUAAGUGUUAUACAAUGCGAUGUGGAACGAUAGAGCAAAUGAAUGUAGUUCGAUCGCAUUGGAUUCAACGGACUUUUAACCCAUACGAUCUUGUGAAUAACCGAUGACUAACGCAGGUCUAGCUGUCAAUUUAGUGAAUUAUAAAGCCACAAGUCAUGACAAGUACCACGUCGGCACUAACUUGAAGUUCAAUACUUAUUUUGAAAUAGCGCUUUCACUUGCAUUGAGUUAUUUUAUGUGCAUAUAAUCAUGAUAAUAUCGAAAU